CCCAUUUUUUGAAGCUAGGGUCGAGUUGCAAUGCCUGGCAAGGUUGUGAGAAUGGCGCCGCGGCAGCGCAAGAGAGAGCGCACGCCGGGGGAAGCUCUCGUCGAUCGAUUCCUGGCGCUGUGCUCCUCGGAAGAUCGAGGUAAACUGCUGUUCAAGUUCUUUCAGCUGGAGCUCGCGGAUUCUCGCAAGGAGGCCCGGAUUAUCAAGCGACAGAUCAUCCGGAUGGUCCGCGACAAGAUCCCCAAGUCCGCGCAUCCGGCACGACACAGGAAGAAUGUACCCAAGGCAUCGCCGGAGGAGAUCAUGAAGGCAAGAACGCGAGAGGAAGCGGAAACCAUCGAGAACCCCGAUUACCCCGACUGCCUUGAUGACGAGGAGGACGCAAGGUUCGAUGCCUGGUAAGACCGCGAUUCGUAAUAGGCAGACUAUACAAUUUUGAUCCUUCUUUCUUUUUCCCUAUAUACUUUUCAUUUGCUUGA